AUGAGAACUAGUGAUUACGUUUAUGAUAGGGAUUUGGAGCUGGCGCUGGAACUUAGUAGGCAGUCAUAUAAAGAGGAAUCACGCAAGCGAAGGGAAAAUGCAUAUGCUCAGGAUUUGAUUUGUUGGGAUGAUGUUGAAAAAAAUACUCAAGAAGUCAAUGAGUGUAAUUCUGACAUUCGAAGUCGCUGUCUCACAUAUACCCAUACAUUUCCAAAUCGACAAUCACAUUAUGCGAACAUUCCAACAACGUCAGGAAACACUGGUUUUUAUCCACACAUGAAACAUGACAAACAAGACAAUCUGCAUUCCUUACAGCACACAGGACUGGAGUCGAGUACUCUCACACGUUACCUUCCUGAUAUGUUAUCUGGCACGGAAGCGAAUGAUACUUCUGGAAUCAUUGAGCAGCGGGUUGAUGCUCCUGAUGCUACCUUGAUAAUGUUAUCUCCAUCGAGCAGUGCAGUUGUUGUUCCUUUCUGUUCCUCUGUUAAAAGUUUGCAAACAAACAGCGAUUUGAUUGAUCUAAGCGAUAAAGAACCAUGGGAAGAAUUUGACCCGCUUUGUGCUACUCGCUUUACUGGCAGUCGUGAAGCCUCAUCGACAUCUAAUCAAAAUGAAAAUACAAGAGUGCAGCAGAGUAAAGGCAAUGAUUCUUCGCUAUUUGUAUCUGCAUUGGAACCGUCGGAGUCGAUUCCAUCAUCUCGUUUGGCUAUUAAUGAUAAAGGUAAUGGCUUAGCUCCGUGUAAACCUCCGAGAGCACAGAGGAGUGGACGAAAUGAAUCUGUAGUUUCUACCGGACGACAUCAAAUUGAUUUUGACGAAAUACAGUUGCAAGAGAAACCUUCAGAAGUUGAUCGUGAGAUUGCUUCUCUUCUUCGUCGUUCCCCUCAGCACUGUGAUCCAAUAUCAAGGCGUUUCAUAUCACCUGUCGUGGAUUACUUAAUCACAAGUUUUAAAGUUACCAGUGUAAAAGUAAUCGUUGAGAAAGACUACAGUUGGCCGACAAUAUUAAGUGCAGACGAUAGAAUGACGUUCACCUGUGAAACGACAAGUACAAUCCAGUACAUUUUGGCAAAUGUGUUAAACACAUUCCUUGAUCCUUCACAAAUCAGUAUGCUGCAAGAUCGUUUACCAGUCGAUGAAUAUGGCCUGAAAAUUUAUGGGUUGGAUGAAUUUCUUCUUAGCAGUUCUCAACUUGGUGAGAAUCCAUUUGUUGGACAGGCACUUGCUUUUGGAAAAGAUAUACGACUUGAGGUUGGGAAAAUAGCAAGUGACAAUCGAUCCAAAAAAAUAUACCAGCUUGAUGUACCAACUGUUGAUGGCAGUCCAAGACGUUCUUCCCAACCCAGUUCGAAGAAGCCUGAUCCUGUAGUGCGAACAGUAACAAAUGUUCGAGAAAUUUUGGAUGCACUAAAGAAUUCGCUGCGUAGCUGUUCUGACACACAUUUUGAUAAUAGUGCGCUGAAGAAUAAAGAAAGAGUAAGCCAGUCAGUGAAGCUUCUUUGUACUGUUCUUGGGCGCAUUAUAACAACUGAUCUAUCUACAGCUUUGCGUUUAUUUCUUGCUGCAGAAACGGCGGUACAACUUUCAAACGCAGUAACAGAACUUCUUACUGUUGUGCAUAACUUUCUUGGUAUAUAUUGCAAAUCUGUACGAUGUGGAUUCGAUGUCCUCCCUUUAAAAACAUUUUCGAAUAGUGAGCGUGAACAGCGGGACAUCCUAACGGUGGAUGAGCAGCUAUUAGUGCAUGUUGAUUCAGUCCACAAUAUACCACGAGAAUGGUCACAGGAGUUCAGUUUAUUCUCGGUUGCUGUCCAUGUAAUGCAUGGAACAGCAGAAAUAUGUCGAGGUUUUAAAGAAAAUCCUCGGCCUAUCAUCAAUGAUCAUUUCUUCCCAUACUGUCGAACUAAUACUUGGGCCUGUUUUCGCAUCCCAUUUUGUGUUUUACCUAGAGAAACGCGCAUUUUUAUCCUGCUUUAUGGGACUUCACUUUCUGGUGAUGUUCAUCCACCGAAUGUGCCAACUGAAACGCAAACAUUACUUGAAAAACAACUUGCUUGCGCUUCUUUCCCACUGUUCGAUCACGAAGGCCUACUUCGACAAGGAUCUCUUCUUUUGCCACUCUCUGCUAUCAAUGGAAAAGUGGUUUAUCCAUGGGGACCUCGACCAUUGUUCGAAACGGAGGAUGAUCUCGUUGUACUUGUUACAUUACCGCAAUUACAUUAUGAUGUUAUCUUCCCAUGUGUUAACUACGGCGAAAAUAGUCUGAAACGCGAUUUCAACUCUCUUGAUUCGGAUACACAGCAAAAUUUACUGGAUAUUGUAGAAAGCGGAGUUACUCACAGUUUAACUGAGGAUGAAAAGGAAGCGUUAUGGGAAAAACGACAUUAUUUGACUCAUAUACCGGACGCAUUACCUUUAGUGCUUGCUUCUGCCGUUGGUUGGGAUUGGGCAUCAUUAACGAACAUUUAUCAGUUGCUAGAUGACUGGAUGCCGUUGAGUUCAGUGCAAGCGAUCGAACUUCUUCUUCCACAUUUUCCGGAUCUCACUAUUCGUUCGAAAGCUAUAUCAUGGCUGAAAAAUGCUUCGUCGGAUUUUCUAUUCAAUUUCCUUCCCGAGUUGGUUGAGGCUUUGCGAUUUGAGACAUUUGAAGAUUCUUCACUGGCUGUGUAUUUAUUAACGCUUUGUGCUGGCGAUCGCCGUUUUGCUUUUGAACUUUACUGGCAGUUGCAACAGCGAAUAGACCAAUGUCAGGAAAGAAGUUACUCAAAUCGUUGCAGUUUGCUUCAGCAACAAAUUCUUAGGCUCUUAGAUGAUGAAUUUGGUAUUGAUAUAGAAAAUCAGCAUCGACUUUUACAAGCGUUAAAUGUUGCUUCUUGUGAAAUGAAAGAGGCCGGUGAUGCUAGCAAAAUGCAAUUAACUCUUCAACGGCAUCUUGCUUUGUUAGAUGCUCGAAUUCUGGAAAACAAUGUACGACUUCCUCUUUUACCAUCGUUUUUAUGUACUGGUAUAAGUGUAUCAGAAUGCAGUUACUUCAAUUCACUGACAAAGCCAAUAAAAGUAACAUUCAAAGGCUUGAAAAGUUCAUUUGCGAUUCUGUAUAAGGUUGGCGAUGAUAUGAGGCAAGAUGCACUCGUCUUACAAUUGGUGAAAGUGAUGAAUGACAUAUGGUUGAGUCAAGAGCUCGACCUCAGAAUGGUCAUUUUCCGCUGUAUUUCAUUUGGGAAUAAAAGUGGAAUGGUCGAACUGGUUCCUGAUUGCCGUACACUGUGCGAAAUUCAAAGUGCUGUUGGUGCUACUGGUGUGUUUAAAGACGAUCUGCUCAAAAAGUGGCUCGAAAUGCAUAAUCCUUCAGAAUUUCAAUAUAAAAUAGCACUAGAGAAUUUUCAUUUAUCUUGCGCCGGUUGGUGUGUUGCCACGUAUGUACUCGGUAUUGGCGAUCGGCAUAAUGAUAACAUAUUGGUUACUAGGACGGGUCAUGUUUUCCAUAUUGAUUUUGGCAAAUAUAUGGGUGAUUGGCAAACGGCUGUUGGAUUCCGAAGAGAUCGCACACCUUUUAUUUUUACCAGUGAUAUGGCUUACGUCAUCAACGAAGGUUCUCCUCAGUCAGCAACAAGUCGUUAUCAGCACUUUGUUGAUAAUUGUUGUAAAGCUUUCAAUUUACUACGAAAAAAAUAUUCGUUACUCGUAAAUCUCAUGAAAAUGAUGUCUUGUUCGGGUAUUGCUGGCAUGAAUUUAGAGGCUGUCAAUUUUGUACAAAGCAACUUGCUCCUAAAUUUAACUGAUACCCAAGCAACUGUUCAGUUUACACGAAUGAUUGAAGAAAGUUUGAAAAGCAAAUUUCCUCGAUUAAAUUUUCUUGCUCAUACUUUGGUACAGAUGAGGGGUACUCCAUCAAUGUUACGAGGAGGAUACGAUGACCCCAAUAAACUUUCCUUCAUUCAGCAGUUAUAUACAAUGAAAGAUGACGGUCGUAUCACUAGAGUCGAUGUAUUGGCGUUCGAGAAAUGGCAUAUACCAGAAAAAGUUUAUAUGUACAAAGUCGAAGUAAACCGAGAGAACGAAGCAGUCUGCGGUAUUGUGUAUAGGUCAUUUGUGGAAUUCAAUGAGCUCUAUAUCAAACUAUGCAGGAGAUUUCCAUUCGCACAUCUGCCACCACUCUCGCAAGGGACGAAUGUUGGUCGCUCAAAUAUACGCAAAGUUGCAGAAAGAAGACAAGCUGACCUGCAACAGUUCCUAAAUGUGCUUUUUGAAUAUCAUCCUGAGGUGGCAAGUAGUGAUUUGGUCUAUACAUUCUUCCAUAUCAUUUUCCGUGAUAGCGCACCUGACGAGUCGAAUCAAUUUUUGCAGCUCACAAAAGUAGAUGAGGACGACAUACCAUCGAAAAAAGUAACUGGCCGUAUCUUUUUGAGACUUACUUAUGACCAACAGGAUGGAAAUUUGAAUGUAUUCGUUGGCCACGUUAGAGGAUUAAAGAUCAUUAACGGUCAGGCACCAGAUUCUUAUGUCAAAACAUAUCUACGUCCCGACCCGCAAAGAAGUUCAAAACGAAAAACGCAUGUCGUUAAGAAUACUCAAAUGCCAACAUUUAAUGAGGAGCUAAAUUACCAAUUAUUGUCUGACACGAAUUUGGUUAAUCGGGCACUAGAAGUAUCGGUCUGGAACUGUGGUUCUUUGGUUGGCGAAAAUUCAGUGAUUGGUUUCGUGCAUAUUCCACUGCGUAAACUAUUGGAUACUCCGACGGAUCGUAAAGGGAUUCAAGUUCUGGAUGGUUGGUUCAAUUUGAGAACAGGUUCGCGCUAA